AUGUCAUAAAAAUUUGGUCCACUUUAAUUAAAAAAGAAAAUUCAAAAGUCUAAUCCCACUGAAAAAAAGCCCUAAAUUCAGCAAGAAGUAUCAGAUAGUAAGCAAUUAAUUACAUAUUCAAAAGAGUAAGAACAAGAAAACGACAAAUUUAAAAAAUAAUAAUUCAAUCCAGUUGAAAUGGCUCAGCAAGGAGGAACAGGAAAGACAUAAGCAGAAAUUCAAUAUGAUUUAGUUAGACUGAAGAGAUUGGGCGAUAAAAUUGAAAAAAAAAUGGAAUUGACAUACAGAUAAAAAAUAGAAACUUUUAAUAAAAAAAUUUAAAAGAUGCCAGAGCAUUACGAUAUACCAAAGGUAGGCCCAGGUUGA